AUGGAGAUUUCAGCCGCCAUUGCGGAAAUGGUACGAUUACGCGACAAGAAAGUUGAAUCAUAUCGACAACAGCUAGGUUCUGGAAUAACAGCAGUCAGCAAGGCAAUGUCUUCUCUGAUGACAGGUGAUAACAAAAUAGAAGCCAUCAAAACACUUAGUGAUGGAUGUCGUAUUCUCUGUGAUUUACAUCACUCACAGACCCAAUCCAGAAUAAAAAUGAUAACUCCGGGUCUAGCUAAAUCAUUUUUAAAUGUCAUACAAGACAGCGACAGAGACGAGACAUUAUUUGGAAUAAGCCUGCCUGAAAAAAUCAAGGCAUCCAAAUCAAUAGAAAAACAGGGUUUACAGAUUAAAAAACCAGUCCCUGUAAGACAACCACCAGCUUCCCAAAAUACACCAGCACCAGUUCGCCAACAGGUUCAGGGAAACUGGGUGGCGCCCCCUCGCUAUGCGAGCAACAGGGGGGGGGCGAGGAACUCAGAAGAAGUAUAUUCCGUCAACCAGACGACCAGCACCAACAACGUCCACAGCAACCACUCAAUCCAAGGGGGGCCAGACUCGGUCAUCACGGACCACGCGUCAUUAACGAAGGUACAUGCAGGUCGCAUUCAACAUUUUUACAAACGUUGGCUUGAAGUCACAAAUAAUGAUAACAUUCUAGACUGGGUUCGGAAUGGAAUACCUAUUCCAUUUACAUCUGAACCGGUACAACACAUUGUACCCCGAAUCACACUAUCAGCAGAAGAACAAUUUGAUAUGUCAUUAGCGAUAGAUAAUUUGUUAUAUUUAGGCGCUAUUUCACCAGUUGACCCUUGUGAAGAUCAGUUUAUUUCUAGUACAUUUUUAGCUCCGAAAUCAAACGGAGAAAAGAGGUUUAUUCUUAAUUUAAAAUCAUUAAAUCGUUUCAUACCAAAAAUGCAUUUCAAAAUGGAAGAUUUUAGAACGACUGCUAAGUUAUUGCAACCCAAUUGGUUUAUGGCGACAAUAGACCUAAAGGAAUCGUAUUUACUUAUACCCAUUGAUAUUGAAUACCGUAAAUAUCUUAGGUUUCAAUAUAUCGACCCCAAUACAAAUGAAAUUGUCAUUUAUGAAUUUAACGCGAUGCCAUACGGUCUCGCGAUAGCCCCAAGAUGUUUCACUAAGAUAGUCAGGGAGGUAGUAGCUAAUUUACGCAGUCGUGGUUACAAAUCUAUUUGUUAUUUAGAUGACGUUUGCUGUAUAGCAAGUAGUUAUUACGAAUGUCAUAAUAAUAUUCAGGAGACAAUAACACUUUUUGAACACCUAGGCUUCGUAAUUAAUUAUGAAAAAAGUCAGUUGGUACCCAAAAGAAGAUGUAAAUUCUUGGGUUUUAUUUUUGACACUACAUCCAUGACUAUUUCGUUACCCGCAGAUAAACGCGAUAAAAUAGCUGGUUUGAUUCGAAAAUUUCACAAACUACCCACCGUUACCAUUCGAGAAUUAUCACAACUAAUAGGUGUUUUAGUAUCUGCGUGCCCAGCGGUACGGUAUGGCUGGCUGUACACUAAGAUAUUGGAACGACAGAAAUAUUUAUUUUUACACGAGUAUGGCUUUUUUGACACAAAGGUCAAACUUCGUACCAAUAUUUUGGAAGACCUAAAUUGGUGGUUGCAAAAUAUUUUUAAAACAAGCAACCCACUCAAAACCCCCAACUACGCAAUGGAAAUUUUUACCGACGCGUCUCGUACUGGUUGGGGAGCAUACUAUAAUGGGUUACGGGUCAACGGUGCGUGGAAGGAUUGCGAAAUUAGUUUUCAUAUUAAUUACUUAGAAUUACUCUCGAUAUUUUUGGCUCUCAAAUGUUUUGCUCGUGAUAAGACAAAAUGUGCAAUCUUACUUCGUGUGGAUAAUACUACAGCUAUAAGCUAUAUCAAUCGCAUGGGCGGGAUACAAUUUCCGCACCUUAACAACUUGGCCCGUGAAAUUUGGCGCUGGUGCGAGUUGAGACAAUUAUGGUUAUUCGCUUCAUAUAUUAAUACCAAAGAAAAUAUAGAAGCAGACGAGGAAUCUCGUAGAAUAAAUAAUGAUAUAGAAUGGGAAUUAUCUGCAUCUGCAUUUAACCUUAUUGUGAAAAAAUUUGGCCAACCUGAAAUUGAUUUGUUUGCGUCACGCACUAACGCCAAGUGUCACGAGUACGUAUCCUGGAAACAGGACCCAGACGCCGUCACUGUGGAUGCUUUUACCAUUAAGUGGAACCAAAAAAUCUUUUACGCUUUUCCACCUUUUUCUUUGUUACUUAAUUGUAUACAAAAAAUUAUUGAAGACGAAGCCACGGGCAUUCUUGUUUUUCCUAUGUGGCCCGCACAGGCUUGGUACCCACAGCUUAUGGACUUAUUGAUUUCUGAUACAUCAACACCCUCUACACCAGACUCUUACCCUGGGAGCAGCGCUGCUCUCCGGUGCGCGUUCUCCCGCCGCGGCGUCCCACCGACCGCAUUACGUAUAAUGCUGGCAUCACUUUCCGAUAAUACCUUACAGCAGUACGGUAUAUGCUACAAGCUGUGGUACAAAUACUCUUCUACGCUUGUAGAUUACAUGUCGGUAACUGAUAAACUUAGGCCACCAGGUUUAGACCACCUCUUAAUGACUGUGAAGCGUCCUCACAAGAACGCGACAGCACAGACGAUAAGCAGGUGGAUCAAACAAACGUUGAGCGCGAGCGGCGUCGACGUGGCGGUGUACGGCGCGCACAGCACGCGGCACGCCGCCACCUCGAAGGCACGCGUCGCUGGCCUUAGCUUAGAUGUGAUUCGGAAAACUGCCGGUUCAGAGUUUUUUGGGUUUCCUUCAUCUCUAAAGAAUUUCCCUCAUAUCAUGGUGAUAUCAGUGGGAACUGCUGCAACCGCACCGCCGUGCGGCCGCCACCCUGAGGUGCAGCUGAGCUGA